AUGGCUACUAUUACUGAUUUCAACAAUACUACUUUUCAGCAUGAGGCUCAGUUACCUGCUUUGCCUGUGCCACCAUUGGCUAACACUGUACAGCAGCUAUUAGCUGCUUUGAAGCCAAUAUCUUCACCGGAAGAGUAUGAGCAACUUUUGUUUGAAGCUAAUGAUUUUGUCAACAAUGAUGUCAUCAAGUUGAUUCAACUUCAUUUGGAGACUUUAUACAAGAAUUAUCCUGAUAAAAACUAUUUAAACGUUGUUAAUAACGAUAUGACUCCUGCGAUUUAUGGUGAGAUCAAGUCGGAUAUUUUACCAAGAAACCCAUAUCUUAUUUUAGAAGAUGAUCCGUAUGCAAAGACUAUUCAUCCACCAAAUCAAGCUGAACGUACGGCAAAUUUGGUCAAUUCUACUUUGAAAUUGAUUGUUACUUUGAGGAAUUUCACCUUUAAACCUGAUGUUACUCCUAAAAACAAAGCACCUUUAACGAUGCAAUGUUUUUAUCAUUUAUUUGGUUGUACUAGGAUUCCUGAUUUUGAGGGUGGUACAUCUGAUAUUAGUAUGAAGAAAUACAAGCAUAUCAAUGAUUCAAGACACAUCAUCAUUCUUGCGAAUAAUCAAUACUAUUCCUUGGAGGUGUUGACUGAAUUUGAUGAGGAUUUAUACAGGGAGACUAAAACCAAACAUCAAAUCUUGUUUCAUGAUCAUGAGUUGGUUGAUAUUUUUCAACAUAUUAUUGAUGAAACUGACAAGGUUCCUGCUGAAGAUUCCAUCAAAAAUUGUAUUGGUUCUAUCACUACACAACCAUUGAAAAAUUGGAAAAAGGGAAGAGGUGAGUUGAACAAAUCCAAUCCCGAACAAUUGAAAUUGAUUGAUGAUGCAUUGUUUGUUGUUGUUUUGGAUUCAAAUUCUCCUGAAACUGAUCAAGAAAAGACAUCUGUUAUUUCCCAUGGUUCAUCAGUAUUAUCCGAGUCAAACAUUCAAUCAGGUACUUGUACUUCGCGAUGGUAUGAUAAGUUGCAAUUAAUUGUCACUAGAAAUUCAGUUGCUGGUAUCGUGUGGGAAUCAUUGACUAUGGAUAGUACUGCUAUUCUUCGCUUCAUUAGUGAUAUUUACACCGAUUCAGUGUUGAAACUUGCCAAAAACAUCAAUGGUUCGGAGUAUACUUUGUUUGAUGAGGCAGUGACUUUUGCUGAUUCCACAAUCCUCAAGCCUAAGCCAGAGUUGAUUCAGUUUAACUUGACUGAUCGUUUGCAAUUUCUCAUUCACUUGUCAGAGACAUCAUUGGCAGAUUUAAUUAACCAACACGAAUACAAAACACACACCGUUAAAUUGGAAUCUCGCUUAGCAGCCGAGUUUGGACUUUCGGUCGAUUCAAUUAUGCAAAUUUGCUUUCAAAUCACCAACUACUCCUUGUAUGGAAGAAUGGUCAACACAUUGGAGCCAAUUAUGACACGUAAGUUUAGAGAUGCUAGAACUGAGUUGAUCACUGUACAAAACGAUUCCGUGGCUAAUUUGUGCAAGUUGUACAUUACCAGUGCAAAUUCAGCUGAAAAGUUUGCUGCUUUCAAAGAAUGUUGCACAAUGCAUCAAAAGCAAUAUCAUGAUGCAAUGUUGGGUAAAGGAUUUGAACGUCAUUUCAUGUCCAUUGCCCAAGUGGUUCAUAAACCAGAAGCCGCUCGAAGAUUAAACAAAAUCAAUUAUGAAUUACCACCAAUUCCUACAUUUGAUGAUGAAGGUGAAGAACGGAUUAAAUUACCUUUAUUGUUUAAUACUUGUGUUGACAAAUUACUGAACCCUGAACUCCUUAUUUCCAAUUGUGGUAAUCCAGCAUUACGUUUAUUUGGUAUCCCGCCCGCAAUUGAUCAAGGUUUUGGAAUUGGUUAUAUCAUCCAUAAUGAUAAAGUGAUUAUCACUGUUUGUUCCAAACAUCGCCAAACAGAAAGAUUCUUGGGAACCUUCCACAAGGUUAUUCAUGAUUUGAAGAUUCUGCUCAAAAGACACGCAAGUUUUAUCAUGCAUCUUAGUGAAUCAGAGAAUCGUAAAAUUGAAUUUCAAAAAUUACGGAUUGAAAAUGAACUUAGUCAUGUUAGUCUUACUGACCCUUCAUUAAAGCAUCCAAUUUCAUUAACUGUUACUAACAAUAGUGAAUCUGGCGCAGUCACCCCAAUGGAACGCCAUCCAUCGGAUGAAACUACUACAUCUACCGAAGAUGGCGGAGAUUCUGAUUUCGAAUUGCUUGGUGGAUAUGGAUACUUUGAUUAUGGUAACCUUGAUCUUCGAUCAGAAGAUGUUUCCCGUACACAAUCGUAUCUCAACAGUGGUUCACAAUCCGCAAUUUCUAGUGCAUUAAGUUCAAGACCUCAUUCACAAACUAACUUGAGUAAAUAUGCAUUAACUCAUGGAUAUGAUAUCAAACAUAAACAAAACUUGACUGAUCGUAUUAGAGAUAAGUUGAUGUCACCAAGUGAGGAAAGCAUGCAUGCACCAGGAAAUGGAGGUACAACUGAUGCAGGUAAUGGUUCUGCUGCUGCUGCGCCUCGAAAGGGUAAUGUUACCUUUGAUAAUGGAGAUGAUACUUUGGAGAAGAAGAAGAAGAAGAAGAAGAAGAAGAAGUUGUGA